AUGCAUUUAAGGCGCAACGCGCCCGUCUCGCUGACAAUGCUCAAUGAUGAUUGUUUGCUGCUGAUCUGCGCUCAGCUGGCAAUUGGGGAGCAAUUCGCAUUGUUGCAGUUGGGCGGUCGGCUCCAGCAGUUGGUGCUGCGGAUUUGGCAACGCAAAUACGCCGGAAAGUUCGACUGGCAGCGGGAGCCGCAAUUAAAAUUGCUAAGCGCUGCUGAGCAGAGUCGGUUGCUGGAAUACAUUGUGAGUAUAACGCGGUCACUGCUUAAUCUGAGCAACAGCGAUAGUCUUUUGCCCUGCUUCCUCUGCUGCUGCAACGGCAGCGUCGACGAUGACGACAAACAGAAGACAAAUGGUGGUGGUGGAGUCGCCACAGCAACCAUAUCCGCUUGCCUUAAGGCUCUGAGUGGCGUCGGCGUAUCUACGAUUGUGGCAUUGAGUUUGCAAUGUCAACUUGAUGCGGGCCUGCUGCGAAUGCUGCAAAGACAUUUGGGGCAAUUGCGGCUGCAACGCAUCGCAUGGCACUCGCUGCUGAUGGUGCACUAUGAUGCGAAGAAUGGAUGCAUCAAGUGGCUGCCCCAAGCGCCGCAAGUAGCGCGUGCAAUGCUUCGCUUCAUUGUCAGUCAGGCGGCGGUGGGUUUGCGUGAAUUGGACUUAACGCGUAAUGUGCAUGCCACUUCCACAUUUCUGGCCCAACUCGACGAGCAAUUGUUGCAGCCACCUUGCAAGUUGGCCGUUUGGCACGACGGAUGCCCCAGAGCCGGGAUGUCAAACGAGGAAACGGAUAUGGCAAGCAACAGAAACGAUUUGGCCUUUGUGCAGUUGGAAUUGAAACAGUUGAAACAGGCCAAUGAAAAAGCGAACUCUUACUCUGGAACGAAAUUUAAUUCCAAUAAAAUAGAUUACAUAAAUUCGGUUCUGCUAGCCGAUGAGCUCUAUAACGCUGUGAGUCGAUAUCUUGACAAACAACAAGCACAGAACGCGACUGCCUCGCAGGAAGUCUGCCCUGUAUAUAAUACUGAUGAGAGUGUGGAAACCGUAAACCCAGAUCAGACAUCCUUAUCAAGCGGUCAACUGACAAUUUAUCCAUCCUUUCAAGGAGUAACAGAUUCACUGAAACGCAUCUCGAGGCUGGGGAACCAAAAGGAUAUGAAUUUAACGCCACAGCCAAUGCACUUCUCGAAUUCGGGGUAUCCACAAAAUUCACAAAAUCGUCAUAGAAAACGUUCCCAUAGCGCCCCGCCCCCGAAAGAAAGCACACGCGAUUGCCAAAGAGGCGCAGAUGCCUUUUGCACUAUACCACAAGAUCAUCCGCAUAGUUUCCUGGGUUUACAGCCAACCCACCACUACCAAUCCAAUCCAACGAAUAUACUGCCAGAGCAACAUCAUCAACAGCAGCAACAGCAGCAACAUCAGCAACAGCAGCAACAGCAGCAACCGCGAAAAGCACCAGAUUGUUCAACAUGCCCCAAUAGACCCGCUGGCAAUGUCUAUCAAAUGUCAUAUGAGCCAACGCAAAGUCAUCGCACAUGUCCAGCAGAUGACAGCAGCAACAUUGCCAUUAGCUAUGGCAAAUGGAUACAGCACCAACAGCAGCAACGACAACUAAACCAGCAACAACAACAACAACAACAGCUAGCAUUGCAGAGAUAUCAGCAACAAAGGGAACGAAAUGGAAGUUGGCUAAGGAAUGAUGGUGCCGUUGACAAUUUUGAACCUGGUCUGAAUAGCACCAUGAUUGGCAGUGGAGCUGCGGCCCAACCAGCCUACUGUGCACAGUCAUGGCAACAGCAGCCGCAAUUGCAGCAACUACAGCAACUGGUGCUAUCACAGCAACAACAACAACAGCACCCGCAGCAGAGUUCUUCUUUCAGUUCUUCUGUGGGACCAUAUGAACAGAUAGAAAAUGAAGCGUAUGCAGCACGUUGCAUGCCACAAAGGUCAAUACUAAACAACAGCCAACGCCAAUGUUCGUAUCAGCAAAGGGAGCCAGCCAUGCAGUGUCAAGCACAGCUUGAUAUGUUUGAUUCACAUGAUGCUACGGAAUAUAUGCAACUGCCCGCGGCAGGGAAUCGAAGAGCCCUAAGGCAGAACCCUCAGCAACGGCAACAGCAACAGCAGCAAGUUACCUUCAGAGAUCCAGUUAGGGCAUCAUCAUCCGCUGACACGAUUCGCUCAAGGAGUGAUAAUUGCACAGGCCCCAGCCAAAACACUUGCUGCCAGAAUAAUAUGAGCAUGCAGCAGAGGAGUGAUAAUUGCCAAGGACCUAGUCAAAAGACUUGCUGCCAGCAUAAUAUGAGCAUGCCGCAGACAACUCCUCCCUAUCAGCCAAAGACAGGAAUAGGAUCAGCUAGUUACUGUGGCAUCGAGGAUUCCAUCCAACUAUCCAUGAAUAACAACAACGCAUGCUCUGCCGUCGUCAAUCAAAAUUACUUAACUCGGAAAGAUCCAUUUUUUGAUAAUACAACGCCCGAGGAACGCUAUAUACAGCGAACAAACACUCUCUUCUUGGAGACAUUGGUGCUAGAUCAAAGUUGUCCGGGUCUCAUACAGGAAACACUGUCUGGUCUCAAGGACUUUAACAAGUAUGCCUUUGACAUUGCCUUUGGGGACACCAUACCUGACAAGCCACAUCCUGUUGAUCCCAUCAGCUUGCUGGAAGCCAUUCAAUUGCGUAUCGAUCAUGAACGCAAGGAAAUAAGCAAACGAUGUCCCGAAAAUCUGACGAUAGCCGAUGGAGGCUCGGAUAGUACAACCAGCGUCAGAGGAAAUCGUUCAAAGAAGUCGGUGCAUUCGGGCAAGGAUUUAAGGGAUAAAAAUGACGAAGGAAAAUCGCAGCUGAUGAACAGCAUCAAUCAACACUUCAGUUCCAAGAACAAGUCGGAGGUUAACGAAGGUAUCCAUGCGUUUCUGACAGCCGAAACGUGUUUUCAGAAUUUACCAAGGCUUGGGAAGUUUUCAGCUAAUAUGCAUUUACAUGAAUCCAACUUUUUUGGACUGCCCAUCAAGAUGAGGCUUUAUAACGCAACUACUUGGCCCACUGAUUAGCUUAUGAUCUCAUACAUAUACUAUGGUAUUAUCGUUCCGGCAGUUUAAUUUUAUAAAUAGAAAUAAUUGUAGUGUUGAUAAUUUUACAAAGAUAUCCAAUAAAGCAAAACAAUUAUACAAGUAGUAAAUCG